UGUAGACAGAAAUGUGAGCGUACAGCGUGGUUUUGAAAUAUGACUGCUCCUGUAUUCAGGAUUUGAAAGUGAAUAUAUGUUCUGUUAUCUUUACAAAUAUAUUGUGGUGUGAUGGAAGUGGAUAACUUUAUAACUCGUUAGCGUAGCCUGUUUGUGGCAUGCAAAGUAGUCGCUAAUUUAGCUAGCUAGCUAUUUUGCUGAGGGCAGAUUGAAUGGCAUGUCUUUCAUAGCUUUGCUGACAAUAACAUGCUAACAGUGACUGUGGGCAUGCAAUUCACUCUUAAAUGGUAGCUAGUAGCCUACUCCCAGGACAGGAUCAUUUUGACAGUACCAUAAGCCUUGUUAUCAGUUAGUGAUAUCAUGUUAUUGUUUAUUUUCUGCAGAGCUAUCAAAAUGUCUACAGCCAAACACAGGAUGCGCGAUAAGAAGAUGAGGAACCAGCCGAUCAACGUCACCUAUUCCUCCCCGGGCCAGGGCAGCUCACACUGGAGGAACGGAGGGGACACCCCUACAGGUCAAGGCCAUGAUCUGUCUCCACAUCCAAGGGGCCAGGGGUCCUCUCACUCAGGCCAUUCCCAGGGAGGGGGCUGGGUCCGGGGCCACCAGAGAGGAGGACAGGGGGGCUACCCACAGGACCUGCCCAAACACAUCACUGGUAAGAACACCUUCCUGCACAAGGUUGUCAAUGUCUUGAUGGUUUUUAAACUGAUACAGGUUCUUACUGAUCACUUUUGCGUUUCAAUGUUGAACCAGCUGCAAAUCAACAGCAUAUCCAAUGGCAUUUAGAACGCGCAAAUAAUGGCUGUUGCUCCAACACAUUGAAUCCCAGCCAGCCUUUGUGAUGUGCUGUGCCUGCACUCCUCUCUCCUCAGCCUCAGCGUUUGCCAAGGCCCGGGCAGCAGAGGUGAACGCCAUGUUGAAGGCCGUCACCAAGACAACAGGCAGCUCCCAUGUGUUUGGAGCUCUUCCUAAACACAUGAGGAGGAGGGCCAUGAGCCAUGACACCAAGAGGCUGCCCUGCAGGCUGAGAGACACGGCCAACAACAUGGUGGGUUUGUCUAAGUAACACACACGCUCACAGUCACACACGGUCACACUCAGUCACACACACAGUCAUACACAGUCAGUCACAGUGAAACACAGCCUCUCUCUCUUGACUUUAUAGCCUGGUGUCCCAGAUCUGUGUUCUGUUAUUGUCAUGUCCAUACAUGGAGGAAUGACUAGUCUCAUCUAGAGCCACACUAGUCACAUUACACACCAGCAGUGGAAAUAUUCUGGAUGUUUGGUCUGUCAUUCAGUUGGAGAAGAGUCAGAAGGCUGGUCAGAAGGUGAAGAAGGAACAGUCCAAGAGGAAGAGCCGUAAAGCCCGGCGUCGCCACGGCAACAUGCUUCUGGAGUUCAACCGGCGCCAGCGGAAGAACCUGUGGCUGGAGACGCACAUCUGGCACGCCAAGCGCUUCCACAUGGUCAAGAGAUGGGGCUACUGUCUGGGAGACAGGCCAACCUACAAGUGUUACAGAGCCUGCUGCAGAGCCAUGAGCUCCCACUGUCUACUGCAGGUUAGUGUUAGAGCCUGCUGCAGAGCCAUGAGCUCCCACUGUCUACUCAGUUAAGUGUUAGAGCCUGCUGCAGAGCCAUGGCUCCCACUGUCUACUGCACGGUUAGUGUUAGAGCCUGCCUGGAGACCAUAGCUCCCCUGUCCUACUGCAGGUUAGUGUUUAGAGCCUGCUGCAGAUCCUGAGGCUUCCCACUGUCUACUGCAGGUUAGUGUUAGAGCCUGCUGCAGAGCCAUGAGCUCCCACUGUCUACUGCAGGUUAGUGUUAGAGCCUGCUGCAGAGCCAUGAGCUCCCACUGUCUACUGCAGGUUAGUGUUAGAGCCUGCUACAGAGCCAUGAGCUCCCACGUUCUAACUGACAGGUUAGCGUUAGAGGCCUGCUGCCAGAGCCAUGAGCUCCCACUGUCUACUGCAGGUUAGUGUUAGAGCCUGCUGCAGAGCCAUGAGCUCCCACUGUCUACUGCAGGUUAGUGUUAGAGCCUGCUGCAGAGCCAUGAGCUCCCACUGUCUACUGCAGGUUAGUGUUAGAGCCUGCUGCAGAGCCCCAUGACUCCACGUUGUUAGCGUUAGUGCUUAGAGCCUGCUGCAAGCCAUGAGCUCCACUGUGCUGCAGUGUGUAGAGCCUGCUCGCCUGAUCCCGUCUUACUGCAGGUUGCGUAGACCGAGCUCCCACGAGCCAUGAGUUCCCCUGUUACUGCGGUAGUGUUAGAGCCUGCAGCCUGCUCACGUUAUGCAGUUAGGCUGGCGGCUGAAGUCCAUGUUACUCCCACUGUCUAGCUAGGUUGAGUUGAGCCGCUGCUAGCAUGAGCUCGUUAACUGCGCGUAGUGUGAGCCCUGCUCAGGUCAGAGCUCCACUGCCUGCGAGGGUGUGAGUCCCUGCAGAGCAUGCGUCCCACUGUCUGCAGGUAGGUCGACUGCUCUGCAGGAGCCAUGAGCUCCCACUGUCUACGCAGCUUAGUGUUAGAGCCUGCUGUAAGCAUGUUGCUCCACUGUCUACUAGCAUAGUAUGUUAACUGCUGCGAGCAUUGCCCCUACCACUGUCUACUGCGGUUAGUGUUAGAGCCUUGGACAUGAGCUCCCACUUAAUUACUGAGGUUAGUGUUAAGGCCGUUAAGAUAGCUCCCUGUAUAGGUUAGGUUAGCCGCUGCAAGCCAUGAGCUCCCACUGUCUCUGUAAGAUUUUAGGGGUUUGAAUCAGAGCCCCCCAAAUGCUCUUCUAACUUUUAAUACCACGACUUCAGGCAAUAUUUAAACACUUUGGGACAACUAAUUAUAAAACAAUUUGAUUGAUUGACGAUUAUAAGCGCCAGUUCAAUGAAGGCUGUUAGAUUUUUUAUGAUUCAAUCCCUCUUGGAUAAUACAGUUUAAACAGUUGAAAAAGUUCUGCGGAUUACUUAAUACAACCCCCAAAAUAGACUUUUUCUAAAACUAUUGAAACAGAUCUCAGAAAGGCAAACACUUUUUACAAAUACUUUCCUGGACCUAUGUAUUCUAGAAAACAACUUUUGAAACGAUGAUUGGUGCCAAAUGUAGCAAAGUUAUGGAGGAAGGCAAUCAUGUCGGCAUGUUGGAUUGGCUGCCUUCAACUAAUGGUAAGGCUGUAUCUGGAACGGCAUGUUGCAGAUAUAAAUAAAAUGAAUAGAGCACUCCUUUUCAUAUACUAUUCCAAUCUGUCUGAACAUUCUGUACAUUUCCAUUCUCCUGAACAGGCCCCAGGUGUAGAUAAUCAAGAAAAACCAAUUAUAUAUUUUGUACAAGUAAGUAUAAAUAGGGAGGGGGGUUUUGUCUCGUUUCCUUUUGCGAGGGUGGAGACUUCGCUAGACUGGAAAAAUCUAAAUUUCUAACACAUAUGAACACAGAAGUUAUUCACACAGAUUUUAAAAUCUAAAUUUAAUAAAUUUUUUAAUUCAGGCUGUAACAACAAAAUGUGGAAAAAGUCAAUGGGUGUGAAUACUUUCUGAAGGCACUGUAGGUGGAUAUACUCAACUAAUGGCCUGGGACAUGACUUGUGAUAAGACAAAUGUUUAGGCCUGAAAACGUCUGUCAUUUUCAGGCAUUUAGCUAGAUCUAGGCAACAGUGAGGGACAUGGACUCAUCUUAACAUUCAAAGUACAACACUUUGGAGUUUCAAAAUGCAGAGGAAAUACAGGUAUAAAAGAAAACGGUAACACUUGACUUCAAGUUAAAUAAUUUAAUAAUAAUAAUAAUAUGCCAUUUAGCAGACGCUUUUAUCCAAAGCGACUUAGUCAUGCGUGCAUAGUUCUUCUAAAUAGGUUUACUUUGUGAUUACUAAAAUAGUAGUCUCUGUAGCUCAAAGUAUAUAAUAAAUGACAACUGUUUUCUACCCAGGUGUUCACACGGUACGAACAUGAGCGACAACCGCUUUAAAUGUUUGCUGUGUGAUCAGAUAUGAAUACAGCAGUUGCCAACUAGUAAAAUCAUAUUUCGAAGUGUUGGUAUGUAUCCCAAAGUGAAUCCUCUGUAUCCCCCUCUACCCAGGACAUGUCCUACUACUGCUGUGUGGAGUUACAGGGACCAGAGGAACAGCUGUUAGCUACCCUCUCUAAGCUGACCAGCAAGGAAGCUGGUGAGUACUGCUUUCCUGUUCGCUCCUCACAAACAAACCACAGUGUCAAUCAUGCUGCGUUUAGAUGGUACGAGGCAGACGGCAAACCGGAUGUCAUUGUUUUUCAAUGAGCGCACAACGGUAAAGACCGGUGAAUGCCAUCAGCCGCCACGGUAGAAGGGACUUGCCACCAGAGUUAAAAUAUUUCAACUUUUGCCAUCUGCAUUAGCGUUGUUUUAUACCGGAUGUUGAUUUGCGCUGUUUAGUGAAAUCACCAUAGCAACACAAACCGUCGUGCUGGUUUGCUUUUGCCGUCACCUUGUUUCUUGCUCUCUUGUACCGCUAUGCCGACUGGUAUGACGUUUUUUGCGUCCCUCGUCUAAACGCAGCAUCAGUCUCGAGAAAUAUACAAGUAUUUCAGUAUAAAGUUUGAAAAUGAUUGGUUCUUCAAGUCAGGUGGUCUAGCAAAUAUGUGACCCCUGCUUUACGGUAUUAUUGAUGAUGACAUCUGUUGUAACCACAGGGCCUACGUUUGCAGCAGCCAUGUGUGUGUCCGGCAGGAGACAGGGCAGUGUGGUGGUUUACAGGGCAGAACAAUACCCUCUCCAGCCCCUGGGGCCUGUAACGUUCCUCUGGAGACCCAGAACACAGGGGCGGGGCCAGGACGACCAGGGCUCCCAGGGAUCAACACACAGACAGCUGUGGAUCUGGGCGCACCCCACCAUGAAACCGGUCAGAGGAACUAAAAUGCAGAAUCAAUCAGUAUUAGAAGUAUUGAGCAAACGUUCAACUAUUAAUUGAUGGUGUAAUGUCUUUAUCGUUGUCUAUAAGCUGGUGCAAUCAGAUGUUCCCUUUGGGAUCAGUACAGUACUAUCAAUCAGAUGUCCCCUUUGGGAUCAGUACAGUACCAUCAAUCAGAUGUCCCCUUUGGGAUCAGUACAGUACCAUCAAUCAGAUGUCCCCUUUGGGAUCAGUAAAGUACCAUCAAUCAGAUGUCCCCUUUGGGAUCAGUACAGUACCAUCAAUCAGAUGUCCCCUUUGGGAUCAGUACAGUACCAUCAAUCAGAUGUCCCCUUUGGGAUCAGUACAGUACCAUCAAUCAGAUGUCCCCUUUGGGAUCAGUACAGUACCAUCAAUCAGAUGUCCCCUUUGGGAUCAGUAACAUUACCCAUCAUUUAAUCAAAGUCUAAAGUCCCCUUUGGGAUCAGUAAAGUACCAUCAAUCAGAUGUCCCCUUUGGGAUCAGUACAGUACCAUCAAUAAGAUGUCCCCUUUGGGAUCAGUACAGUACCAUCAAUAAGAUGUCCCCUUUGGGAUCAGUACAGUACCAUCAAUCAGAUGUCCCCUUUGGGAUCAGUACAGUACCAUCAAUCAGAUGUCCCCUUUGGGAUCAGUACAGUACCAUCUUAUACUGUAAAGUGACAGUGUAAUACUAUUCAUAGUCAGUAGGCCUGGCGCUGUAGUGCUUUCAUUAUUCAUACUUAAAGUAACUGCUGUGUAAUGACUGUUGUAACCGUUUUCAGGACCUCCUCCCAGAGCUGCAGGCUGUCUGUCAGUGUUCUGAGGCUGUACUUCCACCUGCUCCAGUGGAGCUCCCUGUCCCACAGCCAGCCCUGGCGCCCACCUCUACCCCAGCCCCUACCCCCACUCUGGCCCAUGGUCCUGGGGCUUGUCCUGAGGCUGAGCAGGCCUCUGGUUCUGGUUCUAAGAGGAAGUGGUCCUCGGGGGAGCGUGAGGCUGCAGGGCCACCAGCCAAGAAGCUCCUGGGGAACAGCACCACGUCUGCUACCACACCUGUCACCUGGAGGUCCUGCACCACUGGCAUAGUCAUCAGGUUGGUUCAAACCUUACUGCUUUCAGAGGCUCUUGAAGCUCUACGCACAUGUACGUGUUAGCUGUGUCUGGAGGUUGGCACCUUGAUGGUGUGAAGACUUCCUGAAUGUUAAUACAUCAGGUUUGAUUUAGUCAUAUAUUUAUUGUUUUCUGUCAAUUUAUAAACCCUCCCUUUAUUCUCAACCGUGUGUACUUCAUGGAUGUUGUUGUUGUUUACUGUUGUUUUGCAGUGACCUCACCAUGGAGAUGGUGCGCUAUCGUCUGAUUGGACCUCUAUCACAUUCCGUUCUGACUGAAACCUUGGCCCCUGCCACACACUGUGAUGUAAGAACCUGGGAUGAUUUAUCUAGAGACCAGCUAAUAUCCUGUAACCUGGGAUGAUUUAUCUAGAGACCAGCUAAUAUCCUGUAACCUGGGAUGAUUAUCUAGAGACCAGCUAUAUCCUGUAACCUGGGAUGAUUUAUCUAGAGACAGCUAAUAUUCUGUAACCUGGGAUGAUUUAUCUAGAGACCAGCUAAUAUCCUGUAACCUGGGAUGAUUUAUCUAGAGACCAGCUAAUAUCCUGUAACCUGGGAUGAUUUAUCUAGAGACCAGCUAAUAUCCUGUAACCUGGGAUGAUUUAUCUAGAGACCAGCUAAUAUCCUGUAACCUGGGAUGAUUUAUCUAGAGACCAGCUAAUAUCCUGUAACCUGGGAUGAUUUAUCUAGAGGACCAGCUAAUAUCCUGUAACCUGGGAUGAUUUAUCUAGAGACCAGCUAAUAUCCUGUAACCUGGGAUGAUUUAUCUAGAGACCAGCUAAUAUCCUGUAACCUGGGAUGAUUUAUCUAGAGACCAGCUAAUAUCCUGUAACCUGGGAUGAUUUAUCUAGAGACCAGCUAAUAUCCUGUAACCUGGGAUGAUUUAUCUAGAGACCAGCUAAUAUCCUGUAACCUGGGAUGAUUUAUCUAGAGACCAGCUAAUAUCCUGUAACCUGGGAUGAUUUAUCUAGAGACCAGCUAAUAUCCUGUAACCUGGGAUGAUUUAUCUAGAGCCAGCUAAUAUCCUGUAACCUGGGAUGAUUUAUCUAGAGGCCAGCUAAUAUCCUGUAACCUGGGAUGAUUUAUCUAGAGACCAGCUAAUAUCCUGUAACCUGGGAUGAUUUAUCUAGAGGCCAGCUAAUAUCCUGUAACCUGGGAUGAUUUAUCUAGAGGCCAGCUAAUAUCCUGUAACCUGGGAUGAUUUAUCUAGAGACCAGCUAAUAUCCUGUAACCUGGGAUGAUUUAUCUAGAGACCAGCUAAUAUCCUGUAACCUGGGAUGAUUUAUCUAGAGACCAGCUAAUAUCCUGUAACCUGGGAUGAUUUAUCUAGAGACCACUAAUAUCCUGUACUGGUGAUAGGUUUAUCUAGGACCGUCUAUUAGUCCUGUAACCUGGGAUGAUUUUGUAGUAGACCAGCUAAAUACUGUAACCUGGAUGAUUUAUCAAACCAGCUAAUAUCCUGUAACCUAGGAUGAGUUAUCUAACCAGCUAAUAUCCUGUAACCUGGAAUGAUUAUUAAGCGACCAGUCUAACAUCCUGAACCUGGGAUGAUUUGAUUCCAGGGGGGGGCCAGAUAAUAUCCUGUAACCUCUGGGAGAUUUAUCUAGAAGCUACUAAUGAUCCUGUAACCUGGGAUGAUUAUCUAGAGGCCAGCUAAUAUCCUGUAACCUGGGAUGAUUAUCUAGAGACCAGCUAAUAUCCUGUAACCUGGGAUGAUUUAUCUAGAGACCAGCUAAUAUCCUGUAACCUGGGAUGAUUUAUCUAGAGACCAGCUAAUAUCCUGUAACCUGGGAUGAUUUAUCUAGAGACCAGCUAAUAUCCUGUAACCUGGGAUGAUUUAUCUAGAGACCAGCUAAUAUCCUGUAACCUGGGAUGAUUUAUCUAGAGACCGGCUAAUAUCCUGUAACCUGGGAUGAUUUAUCUAGAGACCGGCUAAUAUCCUGUAACCUGGGAUGAUUUAUCUAGAGACCAGCUAAAUACUGUAAAACCUGGGAUGAUUUAUCUAGAGACCAGCUAAUAUCCUGUAACCUGGGAUGAUUUAUCUAGAGACCGGCUAAUAUCCUGUAACCUGGGAUGAUUUAUCUAGAGACCAGUAAUAUCCUGUAUGUUCCAGUGUAAGGCGUUAGUCAGGUGUUUCUUUAUUUCAGGCUGCUAGUAAAGCCGGACCGUCUCCCUUCUGGUGGUCAGAUCACUGCAGAGACGACUGCAACAUGACUCUUCAUCGACAACAAGCUGGUGUCUUCAACAUCCUCAAAGGUGGGUUACUUACAGCUACAUUCCUCAUUCAUUACAUCAAUUCAUUAGAUUACAGUCCCCCUGUAGCUCAGUUGAUAGAGCAUGGCGCUUGCAACGCCAGGGUUGUGGGUUCGAUUCCCACGGGGGGGGGGCCAGUUUGAAAAAUGUAUGCACUCACUAACUGUAAGUCGCUCUGGAAAAGAGCAUCUGCUAAAUUACUAAAAUGUAAUUACAAACAUUGUAACAUUUUGUGGUCCUCUGUAGCUCAAUUGGUAGAGCAUGGCGCUUGUAACGCCAGGGUAGUGGGUUCGAUCCCCGGGACCACCCAUACGUAAAAACAUGUAUGCACACAUGACUAAGUCGCUUUGGAUAAAAGGUCUGCUAAUGGCAUAUUUAUAUUAUUAUAUUAUUUAUUAUUAUAGAUCAGGGCUCUCCAAUCCUGUUCCUGGAGAGCUACCAGCUGUAACUAACCUGAUUCAGCUACCUGAUCAACUUCACCAUCUCAAUUAUUAUGAUAGUGCGCCGUGAUUAUGGGUUGGCGUUUAAAACCUUACAGGAGGGUGAGGGUAGCUCUCCAGGAACAGGGUUGGUUUGGAGUUAACACAUACAGGAAGGUAUCUCUCUAAGCGAACAGGGUUGGAGUUCAAACAUACAGGAAGGUAGCUCUCUAGGGAACAGGGUUGGAGUUAAAACAUACAGGAAGGUAUCUCUCUAGGAACAGGGUUGGAGUUAAAACCUCCAGGAGGUAUCUCUCUAGGAAACAGGGUUUGGAGUUAAAACAUACAGGAAGGUAUCUCCUCUAGGAACAUGGGUUGGAGUUAAAACAUACAGGAAGGUAUCUCUCAGGAACAGGGUUGGAGUUAAAAAAACAUACAGUAAGGUAUCUCUCUAGGAACGGGUUGGAGUUAAAACAUACAGGAAGGUAUCUCUCUAGGAACAGGGUUGGAGUUAAACAUACAGGAAGGUUCUCUCUAGGAACCGGGUUGGAGUUAAAACAUACAGGAAGGUAUCUCUCUAGGAACAGGGUUGGAGUUAAAACAUACAGGAAGGUAUCUCUCUAGGAACAGGGUUGGAGUUAAAACAUACAGGAAGGUAUCUCUCUAGGAACAGGGUUGGAGUUAAAACAUACAGGAAGGUAUCUCUCUAGGAACAGGGUUGGAGAGCCCUGGAUUAGAUCAACUUUAUUAUCAUGUCAUGUUGUAUCAACAUUCAGAGUAGUUGUUAUUGUAUACUUUGUGUAUGUAAACCAAAUAUAUACAGUACCAGUCAAAGGUUUGGACACACCUACUCAUUCCAAGGUUUUUCUUUAUUUUUACUAUUUUCUACAUUGUAGAAUAAUAGUGAAGACCUCAAAACUAUGAAAUAACACAUAUGGAAUCAUGUAGUAACCAAAGAAGUGUUAAACAAAUCAAAAUAUAUUUUAUAUUUGAGAUUCUUCAAAGUAGCCACCCUUUGCCUUGAUGACAGCUUUGCACACGCUUGGCAUUCUCUCAACCAGCUUCAUGAGGUAGUCACCUGGAAUAAUAUAGACGUAUACGCUGAUUCGGUGAGUGGGUUUAUAAGGAAGUGUAUAGGAGAUGUCGUACCCACUGUGACUAUUAAAACCUACCCUAACCAGAAACCGUGGAUAGAUGGCAGCAUUCGCGAAAAACUGAAAGCACGAACCACCGCAUUUAACCAUGGCAAGGUGACUGGGAAUAUGGCAGAAUACAAACAGUGUAGCUACUCACUCCACAAGGCAAUCAAACAGGCAAAACAUCAAUAUAGACACAAAGUGGAGUCGCAAUUCAACGGGUCAGACAGGAGACGUAAGUGGCAGGGUCUACAGACAUCAGGGACUACAAAAAGAAAACCAGCCACGUCGCGGACACCGACGUCUUGCUGCAAGACGUGUUAACCCUCGCAAGGUUGAAUGCCCAGACAGCAUUCCUAGCCACGUCCUCAGAGCAUGCGCAGACCAGCUGGCUGGUGUGUUUAUGGACAUAUUCAAUCUCUCCCUAUCUCAGUCUGCCGUCCCCACAUGCUUCAAGAUGGCCACCAUUGUUCCUGUACCCAAGAAAGCAAAGGUAACUGAACUAAAUGACUAUCGACCCGUAGAACUCACUUCAGUCAUCAUGAAGUGCUUUGAGAGACUAGUCAAGGAUCAUAUCACCUCUACCUUACCUGUCACCCUAGAUUCACUUCAAUUUGCUUACCCCGCCCCAAUAGGUCCACAGACCAUGCAAUCGCCAUCACGCUGCACACUGCCCUAUCCCAUCUGGACAAGAGGAAUACCUAUGUAAGAAUGCUGUUCAUUGACUAUAGAUCAGCAUUCAACACCAUAGUACCCUCCAAGCUCAUCAUUAAGCUCGAGGCCCUGGGUGUCAACCCCGCCCUGUGCAACUGGGUCCUGGACUUCCUGACGGGCCGCCCCCAGGUGGUGAAGGUAGGAAACAACACCUCAACUUCGCUGAUCCUCAACACUGGGGCCCCACAAGGAUGUGUGCUCAGCCCCCUCCUGUACUCCCUGUUCAACCAUGACUGCAUGGCCACGCACGCCUUCAACUCAAUCAUCAAGUUUGCAGACGACACAACAGUAGUAGGCUUGAUUACCAACAAUGACGAGACCGCCUACAGGGAGGAGGUGAGGGCCCUGGGAGAGUGGUGCCAGGAAAAUAACAUCUCACUCAAUGUCAACAAAAACAAAGGAGCUGAUCGUGGACUUCAGGAAACAGCAGAGGGUGCACCCCCCUAUCCACAUCGACGGGACCGCAGUGGAGACGGUGGAAAGUUUUAUGUUCCUCGGCGUACACAUCACUGACAAACUGAAAUGAUCCACCCACACAGACAGUGUGGUGAAGAAGGCACAACAGAGCCUCUUCAACCUCAGGAGGCUGAAGAAAUUUGGCCUGUCACCUAAAACCCUCACAAACUUUUACAGAUGCACAAUUGAGAGCAUCCUGUCGGGCUGUAUCACCGCCUGGUACGGCAACUGCACCGCCCACAACCGCAGGGCUCUCCAGAGGGUGGUGCGGUCUGCCCAACGCAUCACCGGGGGAAACUACCUGCCAUCCAGGACACCUACAGCACCCGAUGUCACAGGAAGGCCAAAAAGAUAAUCAAGGACAACUACCACCCGAGCCACUGCCUGUUCACCCCGCUAUCAUUCAGAAGGCGAGGUCAGAACAGGUGCAUCAAAGCUGGGACCGAGAGAAUGAAAAACAGCUUCUAUCUCAAGGCCAUCAGACUGUUAAAUAGCCAUCAACUAGCACAAUAGCCUAUUGAAAUCACUGGCCACUUUAAGAAAUGGAACACUAGUCACUUUAAUAAUGCCACUUUAAUGUUUACAUAUCUUGCAUUACCAAUCUCAUAUGUGUAUAUACUGUAUUCUAUAGUAUCUUAAUAAUGUUAACAUAUCUUGCAUUACCCAUCUCGUAUGUACAUACUGUAUUCUAUACUAUCCAUUGCAUCUUAGGCUAUAUCGCUCUGAUAAUGACAUUGCUCAUCCGUAUAUUUAUGUAUUCUUAUUCCAUUCCUUUAUUUAGAUUUGUGUGUAUUAGAUAUUUGUUGUGGAACUGUUAGAUAUUACUUGCUAGAUAUUGCUGCACUGUCGGAACUAGAAGCACAAGCAUUUCGCUACACUCGCAAUAACAUCUGCUAACCAUGUUUGUUUAACACUUUUUUGGUUACUACAUGAUUCCAUAUGUGUUAUUUCAUAGUUUUGAUGUCUUCACUACUUACUACCAAUUGUAGACAUAUACAAAUAAAGGAAAAACCCUGAAUGGUAGGUGUGUCAAACUUUUGACUGGUACUGAUGAUAUAUAUUAUAUAUAGUUAUCAUACUAUAUUAAUAUACAUAAUACUUAUAUAUUUAUAAUGAUUAUAUAUAUAUAUAUAUAUAUAUAUAUCCUUUAUUUGAUCAGGGAGUCAUACUGAGACCAGGGUCUCUUUAUGCAGAUGAGCCCUAAAUGACAAAAAUAAAUAGAAAAUGCAAAGCAGAAACUAAAACACGGUCAUAGGAAACACACAUUCAUCCGUAAUAAGGUCCUCAAUCAGUUUUCUGAAUGGCCCUAGAGGCACCAAAGCGUAACUCAUGUCUGUGCCUGUCUGUCUCCUCCCCCUCAGGUGUGUACUCCACAGCGGAGGUCCCAGCCGGCUCAGUUCUGGGUCUGACGGUGGAUGACCCCAGAUUGACCUUACCAAACAAGAGAAGCAUGGCCGUGUCCGACAUCAGGAAGGAACAAGGUAACCUCUGAGCCAGCAGAAAGGGUGGGGGGUGGUUCAGACAGGUCGGAUAUAGUUGACAUUACAUUAUUAUACUCCUUUAGGGUGAUUUAUACCUGGGCCAUGCUCAGAACACACAAAUAGGAGUGAAACUGUGAGGUAGCCCUACUACCUAAUAUCCAAUAAGAACGCAUGCAAGAAAAUGUAAUACAUUGUGCCCUGCUGAACAGGACCCUGUGUUUGUGAAUGUGAUAGUCCUGGGAAUAGGUCCUGAGGGUAGGGAGGUUCUGUGGGUACUUCUCUGGUCUUCUGGUCCUGUCUGAGGCUGGUUGUGGGUCUUCUCUGGUCCUGUGCUCCUGGGGAGCCUCUGCUCGUCCAUGCAGAUGUCCCAGGUUCGAAUCCUGGCAGGACCCUGUGCUCAGACCACACCCUCAGAGGGUCACACACACUUCCUUAUUUACCUUUUUAGUACCUGGCUGGGUGUUGCAUCACACACUUCUUCUUCCUGAUUUAGUGGAUAUAGGUCUAUAGAGCUACUAGGUGAAGCCAUAGAUGUUGCCAGCUAGUUGGGUGCUUCCUCCGGUCUACACACUCUCCUGAGUACCUGGUCAUACGGGAGUAUGCCCUCUGUCAUGUUGUUUCAGGAGAGAACGAGGAGAGGAGGAGGGAACUGAUGUUAAAGGGGAUCCCUGAACACCUCAGCCAGAGUUCCCUGUGGGACCGGUCUGUCCGCGACAAUGUCACACACAACAAGAUGACAGACCAGGUACUGAACCAUAGCAUCAUGUCUGUCAAUAUAUCAUUACUAAAUGUGUGUCCCCCAGGAGACUCUACCCAGGAAGAAGAGUCCAAUCUUUUUUCCUCUGUCAUGUUUGAUUGUUCUCCAAGAAUCCACCCUGCUGUUUAAUUGAAUCCUUGACUGCAUCUGUAGCUAGGUUUCCAUCCAAUUGGCGACAGAUUUUCAUGUGAAUAUUCAAAACUCAGCAUAAAAACAAUAUGCACAUUUUCCCACCAGAGAUUUCCAUCACAUUGACUUGUUGCAGAUAAAGGCUGUGUGAGACGACGUAGUGGAGAUAAUAAUACCUUCUGUUGUUAAAUUCCCAUGUACCGAAUAAACAAUACAAGUUAGAUGGGCUUCCAUCGCAUUUUCAACUCUAUGGUUUUGUCACAGAAACUGUUAAGCUAUAUAGCCAAUGUUCCCUGUCAGGUUCUGGACCAUGUUCUAUAGACAACAGUUCCCUGACAGGUUCUGGACCAUGUUCUAUAGACAACAGUUCCCUGACAGGUUCUGGACCAUGUUCUAUAGACAACAGGUUCUGGAGCAUGUUCUAUAGACAACAGGUUCUGGACCAUGUUCUAUAGACAACAGGUUCUGGACCAUGUUCUAUAGACAACAGGUUCUGGACCAUGUUCUAUAGACAACAGGUUCUGGACCAUGUUCUAUAGACAACAGGUUCUGGACCAUGUUCUAUAGACAACAGGUUCUGGACCAUGUUCUAGACCAUGUUCUAUAGACAACAGGUUCUGGACCAUGUUCUAUAGACAACAGGUUCUGGACCAUGUUCUAUAGACAACAGGUUCUGGAACAUGUUCUAUAGACAACAGUUCACUGACAGUGGACAGGGUAGGUUAUAUGGUGAAAUAUGGAAAAGAGCGAUAUUUUUAUUUGGUAAUUGGCAGCCAAGCGUUGAUCAUCAUGUCACCAGCAUUCAAAUAAAACCCUCUAUUUAUUGGAAAUGUACAUGAAGCUCAUCACCCUCCAUCACCACCAUGAAGCUCAUCACCCUCCAUCACCACCAUGAAGCUCAUCACCAUCAUGAAGCUCAUCACCCUCCAUCACCACCAUGAAGCUCAUCACCCUCCAUCACCACCAUGAAGCUCAGCACCCUCCAUCACCACCAUGAAGCUCAGCACCCUCCAUCACCACCAUGAAGCUCAUCACCCUCCAUCACCACCAUGAAGCUCAUCACCCUCCAUCACCACCAUGAAGCUCAUCACCCUCCAUCACCACCAUGAAGCUCAUCACCCUCCAUCACCACCAUGAAGCUCAUCACCCUCCAUCACCACCAUGAAGCUCAUCACCCUCCAUCACCACCAUGAAGCUCAGCUGAACUUAUUUCAUCUGCCUAUAAACUCUUAAUGCUUCUCCUCGUGGUAGUGGUAGUACAACGUAACAUAUCAUGGCCUGACUCCAAGUUUACUUUGCAUAAUACAUUUUACCAACACAAAAAGAUCAGGCCAUGUCUAAGGAACAUUUUUCUGUUGACAUUUGUGAAAUUGUAGCGACACUGUUUCUAUCACACCUGUGGUGAAUUAUUAUCAUACGGUCACACCUGUGGUGAUUUAUUAUCAUACGGUCACACCUGUGGUGAAUUAUUAUCAUGCGGUCACAGCUGUGGUGAUUUAUUAUCAUACGGUCACAGCUGUGGUGAUUUAUUAUCAUACGGUCACAGCUGUGGUGAUUUAUUAUCAUACGGUCACAGCUGUGGUGAAUUAUUAUCAUGCGGUCACAGCUGUGGUGAUUUAUUAUCAUACGGUCACACCUGUGGUGAUUUAUUUUCAUACGCCGUGACUUGCAUAAAAACUUUGGAUGGAAACGUGGUUUGUGUCUCCCAUAUCAUUCCUCUCUCUGUCUGCAGGAACUAAACAGACUGCGUAAUGAUGUUCUGGUCCCAGGCUCCAGACUACCCACCCCCCUGCAGGGUAGAGUACCCGUCCUACUGGUGCAGCAGUCUGGGAAGAGCCAGGGCACAGAGAUGGGGUCCUGGGGGACGGGCUGGGACCUGCUGCUACCAAAGGCCUGGGGCAUGGCCUUCUGGGUACCUCUGGUAUGGACUACACACUGAUGUUGCAGCUUAAAUGGUACCUUAUUCCCUAUAUAGUGCACUACUUUAGACCAGGACCCAAUGGUACCUUAUUCCCUAUAUAGUGCACUACUUUAGACCAGGACCCAAUGCUACCUAAUUUCCUAUAUAGUGCACUACUUACAAUGUGGAUAUAGUGCUUUUUGAGGACCCCCUCCUUUAUGUAGACAAAUUACUAAUCACUACAAACAUGUCUAUUCAACCCCCUCCACCUCCUCUCCUCUCCUUCAGGUUUAUAGAGGAGUACGAAUCGGAGGGCUGAGGAUGAGUCUGAAACACGCCCAGAAUAAAGGAGAGCCUCACUUUCCCCACGACUACCCAGACUGCCCUGCAGGAGCACGCUUCCAGGAAGAGCAGGAGGCUGAGCUGCUGGCCAAGUUCAGGAGGUGAGGAGGGGAUACCAACCUGAUGUAACUCCAGGUGUAUUGAGGAGGGGGUUGGUAUCACCUGAUGUAACUCCAGGUGGAUUGAGGGAAAAACUCAAUGUUCGAUAAAGAAAGUCCAACUCACUGGUAUUCUGGAUGUUCCAUAAUGUAUGUAAUGGCCCUCAAACCAACAUAUUAAUAAAGGAUCUGUAAUAACACUGUUAUUGAGAUUCAAGUCAGAUUACUGGUGAGAGUUUAAUAUAAACUAUCCUUUGUGUUUGAUAUUGAGCUAAUUUCCAGUGGAGGCUAGACUGUGUUAUGGAUUAUUGUUAUUUAAACGGCUGGGCUGCCCCUCGUGCCCUGAAACAGUUUGACUAGAGCAUGACCCCUGACCUCUGUAGGCGCCCACCAGCCAAACGGACCAAUUACAUCAAACACGGCUGCCUGGCUCCGUUCCGUUGUCCCUGGCAACAGCUGGCCGAGGAGUGGGAGUUGAUUGUGAAGGAGGGAGGAGGUGGAGAGGAGGCUGUCGCACCGAUGGAACAGGAAGUGACACCACCCCAGAGUAACUUCACAGUCUUGAGGUAGAUGCCACUUAUGGAUGAUGCUGUAUAUGUAAGGGUUAAACACUGAGCUCUGGACAUCAUCUGUAAAUAAUGGACCAUGUGGUAGGGCCGCUUGGUGCAGUGAUUUAGAACGUUAUGAGGCAUCUAUUGUUGGAACUACUUCAGAGGUGUCCAAUUUCUUCUCAACUGUCCGUAUAUCUGAAGUUAAUGCACACUCUAGAAUGCCCUUCUACCCAAUCAGAAUCGAGUAUUCAACAAAACAGACGUGUGCAACUAUGGGACAAAACAGACGGGGUUGGCUUAGAUUGUUGACAUGUAAACUAUAUUUAGUCUCCAAUGUUUAUUGAAAACAUAAAUACAUUUGCAGAAUGAGGACUUGUUGUCUCUCAAAUCCAUCGUUACAGUUGUUGUUGGUUAGCUAUCUAGCGAAUGUUUGCCAUAUUAGCAUAGACAUGACAUCAGUCAUAACACCUCUAAACAAGACAUGGUAUCAAGAACAAGAUAACUAGCUGAAAUGAGUCACUUACGAUUCCCCACAAGGCAGCUUCUUGUCAUAGCUAGCAACAAUCUGACCAUCCAGAAUCAUUACAACACACGGCCUUCUGCCCCAUUUGAAGUGUGCACUUAUUUUUCAUUUUUCGUGACGUUGUCAGCUAACCUGUCUAUAAGACACAUCUUAACUAGCUUAUAGUAUCCUGCUUAGCCCAUGUUUUCACAUCACAAACGACAUGUUUUGUAAGGGAAAAUUCCUAAAUCCAAUGUCCUCCUCAUAUUCUGUUAGGGCUCUAUUCAAUCCGUGUCGUUGGAGUUCAUCUUUACAGCGUGAUUGACAUUUUAAAGGCAACGUUCCCGCUUUAGCAGAGACUGCAUUCACGGUAAACGCUGCAUACGUCGGCUCAAUAGGACAUCAUCUUUACAUUUCUAUAGCGGAAUCUGUAGCGCUUCAGCUUUACAGAUUGACUAGAGCCCUGAAUCUCAGUAUUAAAGUGUGUUUCAUUACAUCUACUAUUAGUUUCAUCCUCUCCUCUGCAUAACUAAUAGUAUUAAUUCAUAAUGUUUGAAUAAUUGCUUAUCACCUUUAUAAAGACCCCUAUUUUUGUUUUAAUAAUGACUUUACCUUUUUUCCCCAAAGUGUAGCGUAGUGUUUGACAGCUCUGAUGCAUAACCCCUCCCCAGCCUACCUUUCAUGAUGAGAACAUCCAGACCCAAAUUACUGCCAUACAUCAGAGAUUGUCCUCGUAAAAUCAGCAGCUUAGAGUAAUGGCUGACUUCAUGAGCUCAAAUGUUAUUCGAUUUUACUGCGUUUUGGCUGCAUCCAUUUUGUGGCGCUGGAAAUCACUGGGCGGUAAAAAAAAAAAAAAAAACAUUUCAUACCUUUAAGACCACUUUGGUGGUUCACUGAGGGUACAAAGUGGCUUUCCUAGAAGUAGUGGCAAUAUUAUAUAAACGCUGAGCUGUGAUUGGGUGUUCCACAAUAUAAACGCUGAGCCAUGAUUGGUUGUUUGUGUUCUGCAGUAUGAACACUGAUCCCUGAUUGUUUGUCUCUGUGUUCUACAGGAACAGGAAGUCUCUAAGGCAGCUGUCAGCUUGGUGUCGCCCCACUUCCUCUAAAUGUCAGAGGGCACGUAACCUGGGCUCAACGCCACCACUCAACCGUAACGUUGCAGCAUCUCUCCUCUCGGCCCACGGUGGAGGCAGCCUGGUGUGGACCCGUCUCUCCCUCCUCACCAAGGGCCAACCGGAGCAGCACGCUCUGGUGUGUGUCCCCACCGCAGAUGACCUCCAGCUGGUUGGGAAGGAGCCGGGCUGCACCGGCCCCCAGGAGCCUCUCCACACUGACCACUUCAAGAGCCGUGUCAAACGCCUACACAAGAAGGACCACAACAAACCUGGAGCAUCUUCCUCCGCCAAGCCUUUAAACAAGCAGUCUGACCCUGCCUCCACCUCAGCCCCUAGUGUCAACCCUGGUCCUGAGCCUAGUUCCUCUUCCAGCCUCACUCUGGGUCCAGACAUCACCACCCCCUCUUCCUCCUGUACCUCAGCCCUGACCCUGGGUCUCUGGCCGGAGCCCCUGCCCAGCGUCACCUCCCACUGCUCCAGGGUGACUCUGGGCUGGGUGACCCAGGGGGACUUCUCCCUGUCGGCUGGCUGUGGGGAGGCUCUGGGGUUCCUCAGCCUCACUGGCCUGCUACACACCCUGCUCAGACAGCCUGACAGCCAGAGAGGAUUGGUGCUGCUACGGAACCCUGGAUCAAUGCAGUACCGCUUUGCUAAGAUCAACAUAGAGGUCUGAGGAGUACUGCAAGUUCAACCCCACAUCGCUACAGUCCCGCUUCGCUUAGACCCAGCUGUGUAAAGCCACAGACUUUGUUCUGAGAAAAACAUUGUGCCUUGUGUGAGUCCCUUCACCUCACCCCUAUUAGGGGGACUAGAUAUAAAAUGUAUGGUAAGCAUGGCAUGCACACAGAACAUUACACAUAUUGAAUGCCACAUUAUGCAUUGUUUGAGUGGAAUAACUUUUGCUUGAUAAUAAUUCCCCAUAGGUUUUCUGGGAGUUUUCAUUUGAGUUGAGAUGACAGUUAUUUUAAGUUCAAUAUUGUUUCCACCUAAGGGACUGCCUUUAGAUCGUCACUGGGACUGGGUGUGUACUGGUUCUGUAGAGAAGUCAUCAAUCAUUCUUUGGUUUGCCUCAAUUCCUUUGUUGGAUUUGAGAGCUCUAGUU